CUGAUUCUGUAACCGUUCCUGUUCCUGCUGCUGGGGAAGGUGCUAAUUCUCUUGUUCAUGGCGAUUCUGGUGCUGAUACUGUUGGCGCUGGUAACCAACCCGUUCCUCUCGCUGAGAACCAGAAUAUGGAGUUGCAGGUAGGGCAAGGAGAACAACAACAGCAGCAAAGAGAGGAGCUUCUUCGUGUUGAAGUUUCCGGACUGGAAGAAGAAGAUGAAGAAAUGGAUGAUGGUGAUGAUGAUGCUGAAGAAGGUUCCUCUCGUCUUCCUGAGGGUUACUACGAAGUCGAAGCCAUUCGUAAAAGGAGGGUCCGCAAGGGUGAGGUUCACUACUUGGUCAAAUGGCUUGAUUGGCCUGAGACUGCCAACACAUGGGAGCCUCUGGAAAAUCUGGAGGGUGUUUCUGAAAUCGUCUCGGCUUUCGAGGAAAGCUGGCAUUCAGCGCCGCAACGCAGGCGUAAGCGAAAGAAUGUUGUUCAACAUUCUGCGCUUAAGAAGAGGCUGGAGCGAUCCGAGACUCCGUACAGCCUCAGACGAUUUCCAGCUUCAACAUCCACUAGCAACCAUGCUCCAUCAGCUCCUCCUCCUCAAAUAACGGGCCUAAAUUAUGGUGACAUCCCUGCCUUUCCACAGCCAGUGCUUUUCGCUGACGAAGUGGAAAACAACGGGGAUGCUAGCAUUGUCAGAAAUGCUGCACCCCCAAAUGUGAGUAGGCUUGGAAAUGCUUCCGGGUCAGUCGGUGCUGCAAAUGAAGAGCCCGAUUAUGAUCCGAAGCUUAGCGAGCUUAGAGCAUCAACAGCUAAUGGCUCUGAUGCUGACAGGCUCGCCAUACAGUUCCAAGAUCCUAAUCCCUCGUUAGGGGAUGGUCAUGGAGAGGGGCAACCAAAUGGUGGUUGCAUGGAAUCAAGCCAGGGUGGCGGCAGCAAAGGAGCCAGAAAGAGAAAAUCUGGUUCUGUUAAGAGGUUUAACCGAGAUUUACUCUCUGGUGAGCCUCUUAGUUUGCAGAAUCCAGCUGGCACAUCUGAUGGCUCGGCUCAACAGGUGGUAGCCAGUAAUAGGAAGGUGGAUCUGCCCAGACCUUCCAACCCGAUCGUAAAGAUCCUAAAGCCAGUGAACUGUUUGCCGCCAAUUCCAAUCAGCACUCAGGAUGUUGUGGUGAGCUUCUUGGCGAUAAGGGCUGACGGCUCGGAGAUAUUGGUGGACAACCAUUAUCUCAAGAGGAAUUAUCCAAUCAUGACUGUGUUUACGGCCCUUUUACUAGAAGCUAAUGGUUUUCUUGGGUUACAGCUGAUCGAUUUCUAUGAGCAGCAUCUCCGAUACAGUCCUAUGUCGUGACUGAACAUCAUGCUUGCAGAGCUUCUUUCUUUUCUUUAUUUAGAUUUUCAUCUGUUAGUUGUUGUAUAAUCCGAAAUUGUGUAGAUUCAGAAGAUAGAGAAGGGUAAGAUGCAUUGUUUGUUAGUAUGUAGUUAUGACUAAUUUAAUCAAUUUUAUUCUGUAUUUCGCUAUGUACUAUAUGCAUAUUACCAUUUGCUAUGUUUAAUUGUUGAUAACAUGAAGAGUUAGCUCUGUUGAAUGCACAA